AUGCACGUUGUGGGCUACGACUUCCGCGCGAAGAUCGUCUACACGGCACACAUCGUCCGGAGGGUGCUCAUGACCGUCAUCGACCCCUCCACCGUGGACGAUAAGGACUACUACGGGAACAAGCGUCUGGAGCUCGCGGGUCAGCUGAUCUCGCUGCUGUUUGAGGACCUCUUCAAGCGUUUCAACAGCGAGCUCAAGAGGAACGCAGACAUGGUGCUGUCCAAGCCCAACCGCGCCGCGGCUUUCGACAUUGGCAAGUUUCUGGAGGGUUCCACCACGAUCACGAACGGAUUCACGCACGCCAUCUCAUCGGGAAACUGGGUCCUGAAGCGGUUCAAGGUCGACAGGCAGGGGGUUACGCAGACGGGCGGGCGCCUUCUUGUGUUGGACGGGCUCUGCUCUCUGAGUGGCGUGUGGAUCCAGGUGUCCGUGUCCGGCGUGUUGCGCGUUGUGGUUUGUUAA